AUGUGCUGCUUCAGUUGCCAGAGUCAGGGUCAACUCUGCCUGGCAGCCGGCCCUAGUUUACACACCCAGCCCUGGUUUACACCCCAAGCCCUGGUUUACAUACCCAGCCCUGGUUUACACACCCACCCCCUGCCCUGGUUUACACACCCAGCCCUGGUUUACACACCCAGCCCUGGUUUACACCCCAGCCCUGGUUUACACCCCAAGCCCUGGUUUACACACCCAGCCCUGGUUUACACCCCAAACCCUGGUUUACACACCCAGCCCUGGUUUACACCCCCAGCCCUGGUUUACACACCCACCCCCAGCCCUGGUUUACACCCCCAGCCCUGGUUUACACCCCCAGCCCUGGUUUACACCCCCAGCCCUGGUUUACACACCCACCCCCAGCCCUGGUUUACACCCCCAGCCCUGGUUUACACACCCACACCCAGCCCUGGUUUACACACCCACACCCAGCCCUGGUUUACACACCCAAACCCAGCCCUGGUUUACACACCCAGCCCUGGUUUACACACCCACCCCCAGCCCUGGUUUACACACCCAGCCCUGGUUUACACACCCAGCCCUGGUUUACACCCCCAGCCCUGGUUUACACCCCCAGCCCUGGUUUACACACCCAGCCCUGGUUUACACACCCAGCCCAAGUUUACACACCCAGCCCUGGUUUACACCCCCAGCCCUGGUUUACACACCCACCCCCAGCCCUGGUUUACACACCCACCCCCAGCCCUGGUUUACACCCCACCCCCAGCCCUGGUUUACACCCCAAGCCCUGGUUUACACCCCCACACCCAGCCCUGGUUUACACACCCAGCCCAAGUUUACACACCCAGCCCUGGUUUACACCCCCAGCCCUGGUUUACACACCCACCCCCAGCCCUGGUUUACACACCCACCCCCAGCCCUGGUUUACACACCCACCCCCAGCCCUGGUUUACACCCCAAGCCCUGGUUUACACCCCCACACCCAGCCCUGGUUUACACCCCCAGCCCUGGUUUACACCCCCAGCCCUGGUUUACACACCCACCCCCAGCCCUGGUUUACACCCCCAGCCCUGGUUUACACCCCCACCCCCAGCCCUGGUUUACACAUCCACCCCCAGCCCUGGUUUACACCCCAGCCCUGGUUUACACCCACCCCCAGCCCUGGUUUACACACCCACCCCCAGCCCUGGUUUACACCCCCAGCCCUGGUUUACACACCCACCCCCAGCCCUGGUUUACACCCCCAGCCCUGGUUUACACCCCCACCCCCAGCCCUGGUUUACACAUCCACCCCCAGCCCUGGUUUACACCCCCAGCCCUGGUUUACACACCCACCCCCAGCCCUGGUUUACACACCCACCCCCAGCCCUGGUUUACACACCCAGCCCUGGUUUACACACCCAGCCCUGGUUUACACACCCAGCCCUGGUUUACACACCCAGCCCUGGUUUACACACCCAGCCCUGGUUUACACACCCAGCCCUGGUUUACACACCCAGCCCUGGUUUACACACCCACCCCCAGCCCUGGUUUACACACCCACCCCCAGCCCUGGUUUACACCCCCAGCCCUGGUUUACACACCCAUCCCCAGCCCUGGUUUACACACCCACCCCCAGCCCUGGUUUACACACCCAGCCCUGGUUUACACACCCAGCCCUGGUUUACACACCCAGCCCUGGUUUACACACCCACCCCCAGCCCUGGUUUACACACCCAGCCCUGGUUUACACACCCUCCCCCAGCCCUGGUUUACACACCCAGCCCUGGUUUACACAUCCACCCCCAGCCCUGGUUUACACACCCACCCCCAGCCCUGGUUUACACCCCCAGCCCUGGUUUACACACCCAUCCCCAGCCCUGGUUUACACACCCACCCCCAGCCCUGGUUUACACACCCAGCCCUGGUUUACACACCCAGCCCUGGUUUACACACCCAGCCCUGGUUUACACACCCACCCCCAGCCCUGGUUUACACACCCAGCCCUGGUUUACACACCCUCCCCCAGCCCUGGUUUACACACCCAGCCCUGGUUUACACAUCCACCCCCAGCCCUGGCUUCCAGGUUACACACCAAUCCCAGCCCUGGCAAUGCCCACCAACACAGGCUAG